AUGUCGCGGGUGCAGGCGUCGGGGAGGCGUCGCUCCGCCGCUGCGUCCGGGGGGCACUGGGGCCCGGCGGCGCGCGGCCCCUACACCCGGCGGCCUCCACUCCCCCCUCGGCCGCGCCGCACGCAGCCCCGCCGUCUUCCCCGCGCUGCCUCCUCGCCCCCUCGCUUCUCCCGGGGUGGCGUCCUCGGAAAACGCCAGUUUUCCCAUUUACUAUCUCAGAAUGCCUAAUCCGAUUCAGAAUUCCAUAGCUACUCCGAACGUACCCUGGCCAUCAUCAAACCAGAGGCUUAUGAAGACGCUGAAGCUAUAGAGAAUACAAUUCUCAAUAAUGGAUUCAGUAUUGUUGCGAAACGCCACGUUCGUUUGACCCCCGAACAAGCAGCGGAACUGUACAGGGGUCACUAUGGCUCCCAUCAUUUCCCUCACCUAGUAGCCCACAUGUCAAGCGGACCUAUCAUCGUGCUCGUCCUUUCGGCCAAUAACUGCAUAGAAAGAUGGAAGACGCUUAUGGGACCUGCUAUGUUGGUAUCCAAAUCUUUUGAUGAUAUACAUAAAAAAGGACUAGUUUUUUACACGAUACAACAAAUGUUUAAUUGGGUAUUGGAAGCGCAAGCCUACUGGCCAGAUAGCUUGCGGGCGUGCUAUGGCAGACGAACUAAGUAUGGAGACUACUUCAACGGGUUACACGGCAGUGAAAACCAUGCUGAGUCUCUUAGAGAGAUACAUUUCUUUUUUCCUAAUAUGGUUGUAGGACCAAUCCUUCGUCAUUGGCAAAUAAAUGACUACAUACUGAGACAUUUGACUCCUACCUUACUGCCUGCAUUAACGGCAUUGGCUCACGAACGUCCAGCGGAACCGAUUCUAUGGCUCGCUGAACACCUUCGCCGACACAAUCCUAAUGAACCAGAAUUAGCACCACAACCAUCAGAGCAGAGAGAGGAUGCAAGGUGCCAUACUCCAAAACCGUCUGAAGAAUCACUUCUCCGCUAG